AUGAACAGUGGUGGGAAUGAAAAAACAUUUAAUCAACCACCACUACUUCAUAUAAUUGUCAUUGGAUAUAAUUUUGCUAUAUUUUGUUUUAUUUUUCUUGGUCAAGGUGAUUUAAUUUUAAUACAUUCUCCGUCGGAUCAAUCCCAAUCGAUAAUUAAUUCUAUACCUCGAACUCUUCAAGAUAUUCCAAUUGAAAAAAGAAAUAAUUUUAUAUUAGAAACUGGAAAAAUUAUUGUACCUGUUGAUUCAGAAUUAUUUAAUAUUGGUUUUCAAUCAUCAUCAAAUGUUAUAUUUAAUGGAAAUUUUUGGAUACAUGAAAGAUGUCUCAAAUGGUCAUUAGGUAAUAGAGAAAAAAUUAAUGAUUAUGAUCUUAUUCGAACAAUAAUUAUUAAUGCAAUUAAACAAAAAUGUACAAUAUGUGAUCGUUAUGGAGCUUCACUUUCUUGUCGAAAUGAAUUAUGUUCAUUAAAAUUUCAUUUACCAUGUGCACAAUCAUCGGGUUGUUUUUUUUCACAUUCACAAUUAACAUUUCUUUGUCCACAACAUUUAGAUUCUGUUGUAUCAAUUUUUGGUGUUGAAUCAUCAUCAUGUGAAGCAUGUUCAGAACCAGGUGAUGUUCGUGGACAAUUAUUUUGUACAAAUUGUGAUAAACAUUAUCAUGCUGAAUGUCUUAUGCUUGAAUCAAAUCGUGUUGUACGAACAGGUUGGCGUUGUCCAGAUUGUAAAAUUUGUCAAACAUGUCGACAAUCAGGUGAUGAUGCUGAAAUGAUUAUGUGUAAUGUAUGUGAUAAAGGUUAUCAUACAUUUUGUUUACGUAAUCAAUCAAUACCAAAAGAUGGUUGGAGUUGUUCAAGUUGUUUAUCAUUAACAAAUAAAAAUUCAUCAAAAAAAUCUAUAUGUUCAUUAUGUCAAAAUGAAAUUUUAUCUAAACAUAAUAUUCGUCAAUGUCAUAUAUGUCAAAUACGUGUUCAUUCAACAUGUCAUUCAAUGAAUGAUGAUUAUUAUGAUGAUGAUACAGCAUAUAUGUGUAGAUCAUGUUCAAUAUCAUCAAUAACAACAUUACCUAUGGAUGAAGGAGAUGAUGAUGAUGAACAUAAAGAAAUUUAUCGUUCAUCAUCAAAUUCAAAAAUGAGUAGAUUAUUAAGUAAAUCACAAAAAUCAAGUGUAAGUUUAUAAAUAUAUAUAUACAU